UUCAUUCUUGGUUUUUCUUGUUCACUUUUGCUCUUCCAAGUUCAGAUGGGUGCUUCAUAUUCAUCACGGCAGCGUGAGCUAUUUGAAAUAGCCAAGUCUUCCAGUUGUGUCAUCCUCAGCAGCUCGGGGAUUACCGAUGAAGAUUCUUUGGUCGUUGCCGAGGGUCUCAAGGAGAACAACAAUCUGCAGGUGCUUACUCUGUAUGACAACCAGAUUGGCGAUGCAGGAGCACAGGCGAUCGGAUCUGCGCUUCGAAACAAGGCGAAUCUGUCAAUUCUUUAUUUGAGCCAAAACAAGAUCGGUGACGCUGGAGCUCGUGCCAUCGCUGAAGGCCUACAGACGUCGACUGCACUGACUGACUUGAGGAUGUCAGUCAAUCAAAUUGGCGACGCAGGAGCACGGGCGAUCGGAUCUGCGCUUCGAACCAAGGAGGACUUGUCAAUCCUCAACUUGAGCGAGAACAAGAUUAGUGACAUUGGAGCUUGUGCCAUCGCUAAAGGCCUGCAGACGUCGUCUGAGCUCACUGAGCUCUGGCUGUUCAAGAAUCAGAUUGGCGAUGCGGGAGCACAGGCGAUUGGAUCUGCACUUCGAAACAUGGCGAAUCUGUCUAUUCUCUAUUUGUGGGACAACCGGAUCUCUUCAAGUGUCGUUAAGGUUUUAUCCAACAAUCUUCCGGCAAAAUGCGAGUUCUGGGCCGAAAAUCAGCGCGUCCGCGUUCAACGUGCAAGCAUUCUCGCGAGUUCAUCUCGUGUCGCACCCACACCAGCUCCUCGAUCCAAUACUGCCAGCGCGCCUCUCGCUGCGUCUGAUCCGACGUCUGAGCAAGUUCGUCAACUCCAGGCGCGUAUUGCUCAACUGGAAUCCAAUACCAUUCCGCGAGUGUCGUUGCAAGUUCUGUCGCAAGCAACAGCGCAGUUUUCAGAGUCCAAGCGCAUCGGUGGCGGUGGAUUUGGCAAAGUCUACUCUGGUGUGUGGAGCGGUCAGCGAGUUGCCGUCAAACGGUUGGCAGCGGAUUCAAUUCAAGGUGCCCCUCAGUUCGAGGCCGAGCUCAAAGCUCUGUCACGUUUCCGUCACCCGAACAUUGUCACCAUUAUGUGUUUUGCGCAGGAAGGCAAGGAGCGCUGCUUGGUCUACGAACUGAUGGCAAACGGUUCGAUUCGCGAUCGUCUUGAUCGCAAGGAUGGGACGCCUGCAUUAAGCUGGCAGCAGCGCCGAAACAUUGCGACCGAUAUUGCAAAUGCUAUGCACUUUGUCCAGACUGCGAUUCCGCGUCAGCCGCUGUUCCACCUGGAUCUCAAGACAGACAAUGUACUGCUGGACGCUCAUUUCAACGCAAAGGUCGCCGAUUUCGGUCUGACUCGCUCCAUACCAGCUCAAGUGGAUGCUCACAGCUACAUCAAAACGAAAACAAUUGCAGGAACAUACCAGUACAUCUGCCCACAGUACCACCAGGACGGCAAGGUUUCCAUCAAGACAGACGUGUACUCGUAUGGCAUGAUUCUGCUUGAGCUGCUGACUGGACAGCCACCCAGCCUCGACCUGAUCGCCAAUGUUCGACGCGAGCUGAAACGGAGCCGUAAAAUCGAUGCAGUGCUUGACAAGGCAAUUGAUUGGAGCCCUCAAGACAAAGAAUCGGCGCAUGCCAUGGCAGAGCUUGCGGAGGAUUGCCUCCAACUCGCACGAGUUGAUCGACCGUCGUUCCGCGACAUUCUGACACAGCUAAGCCAAUUUGUCGAUCAGGGCAGCGCGCAUGCUCAUGCUACAAUGCCUCAGGAACCCAGGAUGGAGCAUCACCAUAGUAGCAUCGAAGAGCAGUUGCAACCUCAUCUGGAUUCGGAUCUCGUUCGUUCUCGAAUGGAGCAGCAGCAGCAGCACGCACAAUCUGCAGAGGUCAGCGCUGAAUCAAUCUCACGACUGAGUCAUCCUCACAGCGCCAUCAAGGAGCAACUAUCUCCUAUGACAAAUUCGAUUGUCGUGAACGCCAGCAUGCAGUCGCAGCUAGACUCCGAAAACUGAUCGGAAGUGAGGUCGGACAGCGAUCGUGCGUGCAGCUGAUGCCGUGCUGCCACGCAUGUGUUUGCGUUGCAUGUGCUCAAACGAUGAUUAAGCGUCAACACAAGUGCAUGAUUUGUCAUGUAUUCCGACUUUGUUUCAAGAAGGGACGUUCGUCAAGACUUUGGUUCUGUGAGCUUUGCUAUUGUUUUGUUCUUGUUCAUUAGUUCACGUAACACAUUCAUACAUUUUACAGCUUAUUCACACCGG